AUGCUUUUCUCUGCAGGUAACUGUGAUGCGCCGCUGGCCUCAGCCUUGCCACGUUCAUCCUUCAGCAGCUCCUCAGAGCUGUCCCGCAGCCACGGCCCUGGGUUCGCAAGUCUUAAUCGACGGGAUGGAGCUGGUGGCUGGACCCCACUUGUGUCAAGUAAAUAUCAGUGGCUGCAGAUUGACUUUGGAGAGAGAAUGGAGAUAACAGCUGUGGCCACUCAGGGACGGUACGGGAGCUCUGAUUGGGUGACCAGCUACCUCCUGAUGUUCAGUGAUGGUGAGAGGAACUGGAAGCAGUAUCACCAAGAAGAAAGCAUCUGGGUAUGUUCCUUCAUUGAAAAACACAGUCUGUCAGUAUAUGAAUUAUUGUAG